CUGCGCCAAUCAUAAUAAAUCAAUCCACACCUAAUGACCUACAUAUACAAAUAAAAAACUGUGAUAACAACAUAGAAUUAAUAAAUGGAAUUAUACCUGAAAAGCUUUGAACGUUAAAAAAUGUCUUGCAAUCAUUGUGGAACAAAAUUUAAUUUUUUUCAUAAGGAAAUCGGGUGCUUAAACUGUAAGCUAUCCUUUUGCCAUAAGUGUUUAAAACAGAAAAUUAAGAUUCCCAGUAAAUCGGAUCAAGAAGUCCCUGUUUGUAGAACUUGUUUUUCGAAUUUGUCUUCAAAUGUCAACAUGGCUGUGAACAUUCCACCACCUGAUGCAUAUUUAAAAAGGCUGGAAGAUUUAGAAAAUCCUGCACGGCCUCCAAUAACAAUAUACAAAACCGAUAAGAAAAUGGAAACACUGCGGUCUGGCUUGUCCCUUGCCGAUCAACAGCUUCUUGAUCGAUUAGAAAAAUUAAAAGAUAAAGAUAAACCUCCGCCGUCAGAAGACGAAAUACGCAAAAGAUUGAAUAGUUUGAAAGGUGGAAAUGAAUAUGUCGAAGGACCUAGUAACACACAAGUUUUUGCACCCGAUACUAGAACAGACCAAGAAAAAGCAGAUUCAAUUUUAGAAAUGUUUAUUAAAGAACGUGACAUAGAAUUGGCACACAAUCCAGAAGAAGGAAUAGAAGCCAGAUUAGCAACAUUAAGAGGACAAGGAGUGCGGCCAAACGAAGGUGCUUAUAUAAGCAAUUUACACGACUCUGGCUCUGAUGAUGACGAAGUCGAUAAAAUAACAAAAAAAAUUAUGGAUGAAGUUGCAUUAGACAACAAAUGUUCGAAUCGAUUACCAAAGGAAAGCAUGUCUGAUCCAGAAUAUAUGGACGAUAAGUUUAAUUCUUCGCCCGAACUGGGAUGGUGCGCCUUGUGCAAUGAAGAUGCAAAGUAUCACUGUCUAGAUUGCGAAGAUCUUUAUUGUAAUUCUUGCAAUGUUCAAGUUCACAAAAUGUGGGGCGAUACUGAUCAUAGAAUUACGGAAUAUAAACAACAAUAAAUUUAUUAUUACCAUUA